AUGAGACGUCUUCUCUCUCUCUCUCUUUCGCUAAGGCAUUUUCUCCGUUCACUUGGCGAUUGCAGGCGUCAUUACUAUUCCCAGAAGCCAUCAUCAUCUCGAGGGGGCGGGGCCCUCGGAGGAGAGGACGACAGAGGGGUGGACCCAGCGGGGCCGUAGUGGCCCGGAGACGGUGCAGAUAGCGGGGUCGAGCCUGCCUGACUGCUCCCACGCGUGCGGGUCGUGCUCGCCGUGCCGGCUGGUAAUGGUGAGCUUCGUUUGUGCGUCACUGGAGGAGGCGGAGACCUGCCCCAUGGCCUACAAGUGCAUGUGCAACAGCAAGUCCUAUCCCGUCCCCUGA